ACGGGGAGGAGCGGCCCCCCCAGCCCCGACCUGGGAGAGGGGGGGCCGCUCGACCCCCUGGGAGACCUUGGGGAAUCUGAACACCUGGGACACCUAGGAUCAGGUUCCCCCAGGCACCAUGCCAUCCCCAUAGUACCACCCACCUCACCCACUGUGGUCUGCUGCACCCCACUUUUGGGGCACUGAUUCCAAUGAGACAGGGCACACCAAACUCCAUCUGGCUGUUACUGAGGCGGAGACGUGGGUUAUGAUUGGCUGUCUGAGCAGAGAGGAAGUCCUGUGAUUGGCCAGAUUCCUGGAGCUUGCCAAGGCUGUCAGAGGACGCUCCCACGGAGGCCGGAAUUGGCUGUGAACGGCCCUGGGUGGCCCUCGAGGGCAGUGGGCUCUCCUGUCAGAGCGGUUGGAGUUGGGACCAUCCCCCCAGAGAGCUGGGGCAGGGGGCCGUGCCCGAUCUCCAGGGCUCCUGGGGCCACUGCUGACCUGGCUGGAUGCAUCGGGCAGUGGACCCUCCAGGGGCCCGCGCUGCACGGGAAGCCUUUGCCCUUGGGGGCUUGAGCUGUGCUGGGGCGUGGAGCUCCUGCCCGCCCCAUCCCCCUCCUCGUAGCGCAUGGCUGCCUGGAGGCAGGUGCUCUGCCAGCAUCGGGCAGUCCCCACUCUCUGCUCCCCUACCCCCUUCACAUGGCAGUAGCUCUGGGCACCCCAACAAACCAUAUUAUGUUCCAGGGACACCCACUCCAAGACCCCUCCAUGGAAAGCUGGAAUCCUUGCAUGGCUGUGUGCAGGCAUUGCUCCGGGAACCAGCCCAGCCAGGGCUGUGGGAGCAGCUUGGGCAGCUGUACGAGUCAGAGCAUGACAGUGAGGAGGCCAUACGCUGCUACCACAGCGCCCUUCGAUAUGGAGGAAGCUUGGCUGAGCUGGGGCCCCACAUUGGCCGACUACAGCAGGCCCAGCUCUGGAACUUUCAUGCUGGCUCCUGCCAGCACCGAGCCAAGGUCCUGCCCCCCCUGGAGCAAGUAUGGAACUUGCUGCACAUUGAGCACAAACGGAACUAUGGGGCCAAGCGGGGGGGUCCCCCAGUGAAACGAGCCGCUGAACCCCCAGUGGUGCAGCCUGUGCCUCCUGCAGUACUCUCAGGCCCUUCAGGGGAGGAGGGCCUCAGCCCUGGAGGCAAGCGCAGGAGAGGCUGCAACUCCGAGCAGACUGGCCUUCCCCCAGGGCUGCCGCUGCCACCACCACCAUUACCACCACCACCACCACCACCACCACCACCACCACCCCUGCCGAGCCUAGCCACCAGCUCUCCAUUCCAGCUGACCAAGCCAGGGCUGUGGAGUACCUUGCAUGGAGAUGCCUGGGGCCCCGAGCGCAAGGGUUCAGCACCCCCAGAGCGCCAAGAGCAGCGGCACUCGCUGUCUCACCCAUAUCCAUACUCAGCUCCAACCUACAAUGCGCAACCCCCUGGCCACCGGCUGGUCCUGGGUACACCCCCAGGCCCAGGUCCCCGCCCCCCAGGAGCAGAGAGCCAUGGCUGCCCGCCUGCCACCCGUCCCCCCGGAAGUGACCUUAGAGAGAGCAGAGUUCAGAGGUCGCGGAUGGACUCCAGCGUUUCACCAGCAGCAACCACCGCCUGCGUGCCUUACGCCCCUUCCCGGCCCCCCGGCCUCCCCGGCACCACCACCAGCAGCAGUAGCAGCAGCAGCAGCAGCAAUGGUCUCCGGGGCAUGGAGCCGAGCCCAGGCAUGCCGGGCGCUGACCAUUACCAAACUCCCGCACUGGAGGUCGCUUCUCACCAAGGCCGCCUGGGGCCCUCGACACAUAGUGGUCGGAAACCUUUCCUGGCAGCUCCUGCUGCCACUCCCCAUCUGUCCCUGCCAGCUGGCCCCCCCUCACCUCCUCCACCCCCCUGUCCCCGCCUCUCACGCCCUCCACACCCCCCAGCCUGGCUGAAGGGCCCGGCCUGCCGGUCAGCCCGUGAGGAUGGAGAGAUCUUAGAGGAUCUCUUCUUCGGGGCUGAGGGACGCCCUCGCCCUCACCCACUACCCUUCCCGCACCGUGAGGGCUUCUUGGGGCCUCUGGCCCCCCGUUUUUCUGUGGGCACUCAGGAUUCGCACAUCCCUCCUACUCCCCCAACCACCAGCAGCAGCAGCAGCAACAAUGGCAGCCACAGCAGCAGCCCUACUGGGCCUGUAUCCUUCCCCCCACCUCCCUAUUUGGCCAGAAGUAUGGACCCCCUUCCCCGGCCCCCCAGCCCAACACUGAGCCCCCAAGACCCACCUCUUGCACCCCUAACUCUUGCCCUGCCUCCAGCCCCUUCCUCCUCUUGCCACCAAAAUACCUCAGGAAGCUUCAGGCGCCCGGAGAGCCCUCGGCCCAGGAUCUCCUUCCCAAAGACCCCCGAGGUGGGGCCAGGGCCAUCCCCAGGCCCCCUGAAUAAAGCCCCCCAGCCUGUGCCGCCAACGGUUGGGGAACUGCCUGUCCGAGGUGCACGACUCUUUGAUUUUCCCUCUACCCCGCCGGAGGAUCAGUUUGAGGAGCCCGCUGAAUUCAAGAUCCUGCCUGAUGGGCUGGCCAACAUCAUGAAAAUGCUGGAUGAAUCCAUUCGAAAGGAGGAGGAGCAGCAACAACAGGAGGCAGGCGGAGCCCCUCCACCCCCCUUAAAGGAGCCCUUUGCAUCGCUGCAGCCUCCAUUCUCCACUGACACAGCCCCAACCACCACUGCUGUUGCCACUGCCGCCGCCGCCACCACCACCACCACCACCACCACAGCCACAGCCACCCAGGAACAGGAGAAGAAGCCACCACCAGCUCUACCACCACCACCACCAUUAGCCAAGUUCCCUCUUCCCCCCCAGCCACAGCCGCCGCCACCCCCACUACCCCCAGCAGCCAGCCCAGCCAGCCUGCUCAAAUCCUUGGCCUCUGUGCUGGAGGGACAAAAGUACUGUUACCGGGGGACAGGAGCAGCUGUUUCUACCCGUCCUGGGCCCUUGCCCAGCACUCAGUAUUCCCCAAGUCCCCCAUCAGGUGCUACUGCCCCGCCACCCACCUCAGCGGCCCCUAGUGCCCAGGGCUCCCCACAGUCCUCUGCUUCCUCAUCAUCUCAGUUCUCUACCUCAGGUGGGCCCUGGGUCCGGGAGCACAGGGCAGGCGAAGAGCCAGCCCUGGGCCCCAUGACCCCUGUCCCGCCGCCCCCACCCCUGCCUCUGCCCCCUGCUCGCUCUGAGUCUGAGGUGCUAGAAGAGAUCAGUCGGGCUUGUGAGACCCUUGUGGAGCGGGUGGGCUGGAGUGCCACAGACACGGCAGGCCCAGUGGACACGGCAGACCCUGUGGACACGGCAGACCCAGUGGACAGUGGAACUGAGCGACUAAUGCCUCCUGCCCAGGCUAAGGAGGAGAGUGGUGGGGUGGUGGCAGUGACAGGACCAGGGAGCAGUAAGCGGCGGCAGAAAGAGCACCAGAAGGAACAUCAGAAAGAGCAUCGGCGGCAUAGGCGGGCCUGUAAGGACAUGGUGGGUCGGCGGCCCCGUGAGGGCAGGGCCAAGGCCAAGGCCAAGGUCCCCAAAGAAAAGAGUCGCCGGGUGCUGGGGAACCUGGACCUGCAGAGUGAGGAGAUCCAGGGUCGUGAGAAGGCCCGGCCUGAUACUGGUGGGGCCUCAAAGGCUAAGCCACCCACAGCUCCUGCCCUUCCACCAGCUCCUGCACCCUCUGCUCAGCCCACACCUGCAUCAUCAGCCCCUGUCCCUGGGAAGAAGUCUCGUGAGGAAGCUCCAGGGCCACCGGGUGUCAGCCGGGCUGAUAUGCUCAAGCUGCGAUCACUUAGUGAAGGGCCCCCCAAGGAGCUGAAGAUCCGGCUUAUCAAGGUAGAGAGUGGUGACAAGGAGACCUUUAUCGCCUCUGAGGUGGAAGAGCGGAGGCUGCGCAUGGCGGACCUCACCAUCAGCCACUGUGCUGCUGAUGUCGUGCGUGCCAGCAAGAAUGCCAAGGUGAAAGGGAAGUUUAGAGAGUCCUACCUUUCCCCUGCCCAGUCUGUGAAACCGAAGAUCAACACAGAGGAGAAGCUGCCCCGGGAAAAACUCAACCCGCCCACACCCAGCAUCUAUCUGGAGAGCAAACGGGACGCCUUCUCACCAGUGUUGCUGCAGUUCUGUACAGACCCUCGAAAUCCCAUCACCGUGAUCCGGGGCCUGGCAGGUUCCCUGCGGCUCAACUUGGGCCUCUUCUCCACCAAGACCCUGGUGGAGGCGAGUGGUGAGCACACCGUGGAGGUGCGCACCCAGGUGCAGCAGCCCUCAGAUGAGAACUGGGAUCUGACGGGCACUCGACAGAUCUGGCCCUGUGAGAGUUCCCGUUCCCAUACCACCAUUGCCAAGUAUGCACAGUACCAGGCCUCAUCAUUUCAGGAGUCCUUACAGGAGGAGAAGGAGAGUGAGGAUGAGGAGUCGGAGGAACCAGACAGCACCACAGGAACCCCUCCCAGCAGCACACCAGAUCCGAAGAACCAUCACAUCAUCAAGUUUGGCACCAACAUCGACCUAUCUGAUGCCAAGCGGUGGAAGCCACAACUGCAGGAGCUGCUGAAGCUGCCCGCCUUCAUGCGGGUAACAUCCACCGGCAACAUGCUGAGCCACGUGGGCCACACGAUUCUGGGCAUGAACACGGUACAGCUGUACAUGAAGGUCCCCGGCAGCCGAACACCAGGCCACCAAGAGAACAACAACUUCUGCUCUGUCAACAUCAACAUAGGCCCAGGCGACUGUGAGUGGUUCGCGGUGCAUGAACACUACUGGGAGACCAUCAGCGCUUUCUGCGACCGGCACGGUGUGGACUACCUGACAGGUUCCUGGUGGCCAAUCCUGGAUGAUCUCUAUGCUUCCAAUAUCCCUGUGUACCGCUUCGUGCAGCGCCCCGGAGACCUCGUGUGGAUUAAUGCGGGGACCGUGCACUGGGUGCAGGCCACCGGCUGGUGCAACAACAUCGCCUGGAACGUUGGGCCCCUCACCGCCUAUCAAUACCAGCUGGCCCUGGAACGAUAUGAGUGGAACGAGGUGAAGAACGUCAAAUCCAUUGUGCCCAUGAUUCACGUGUCCUGGAACGUGGCUCGCACCGUCAAAAUCAGCGACCCCGAUUUGUUCAAGAUGAUCAAGUUCUGCCUCCUGCAGUCCAUGAAGCACUGCCAGGUGCAACGGGAGAGCCUAGUGCGGGCCGGGAAGAAAAUCGCCUACCAGGGCCGGGUUAAGGAUGAGCCUGCCUACUACUGCAACGAAUGCGACGUGGAGGUGUUCAACAUCCUGUUCGUGACGAGUGAGAACGGCAGCCGCAACACUUACCUGGUGCACUGCGAGGCCUGUGCCCGACGCCGCAGCGCGGGCCUGCAGGGCGUGGUGGUGCUGGAGCAGUACCGCACCGAGGAGCUGGCGCAGGCCUACGACGCCUUCACGCUGGCCCCCGCCAGCACGUCUCGAUGAGGCCGGAUGCCCCGCCCUCCUGCCGGCCUGCAGGGCGCCG